UGGCUCGCGCGGCGCAGAAGGCACAGGGAGCACACACCGCCAGGCUGCGCGCAGAGCCGGAGCCAGGGGCCGCGGAGACACUAUGCACGCCCCGAACUGAAGCGGCAGCACCUCACAGACGCAGCUCUCGGCCGCGCCGCGGGUUUCACGGAGCUCAGCCCCAGAGGAAGCCCUGCGGAGAGCGCUCCGAGACCCCCUCCAGGACAGUCCUCGCCCGACGCUCUUCUGCAGCCAGGAGCGCACAGUGGCCCCGGCUCGCCGAGCCAUGGAGCGGAUCCCCAGCGCGCAGCCGCCUCCCGCCUGCCUGCCCAAGGCGCCAGGACGGGAGCCCGGAGACCUACCAGGGAUGGAGUUUGCCCACAUGUACCAAGUGUACAAGUCGAGGCGGGGAAUAAAGCGGAGCGAAGACAGCAAGGAGACCUACAAACUGCCGCACCGGCUCAUCGAGAAAAAGAGACGUGACCGGAUUAACGAGUGCAUUGCCCAGCUGAAGGAUCUCCUACCCGAACAUCUCAAACUUACAACUUUGGGCCACUUGGAGAAAGCAGUGGUUCUUGAGCUCACCUUGAAGCACGUGAAAGCGCUGACAAACCUAAUUGAUCAACAGCAGCAGAAAAUCAUGGCCCUGCAGAGCGGCUUGCAAGCUGGUGAGCUGUCAGGCAGAAGCGUCGAAGCCGGUCAAGAGAUGUUCUGCUCGGGUUUCCAGACGUGCGCCCGGGAGGUGCUGCAGUACCUGGCCAAGCACGAGAACGCGCGGGACGUGAAGUCUUCGCAGCUCGUCGCCCACCUGCACCGGGUGGUCUCGGAGCUGCUGCAGGGGGGCGCGGCCAGGACGGCGUCGGAGCCGGCCCCCAAAGCCACGGACUUCAAGGAGAAACCCAGCUCCCUGGCCCGAGGCUCCGAGGGCCCGGGCAAGAACUGCGUGCCCGUCAUCCAGCGGACUUUCGCGCACUCCAGCGGGGAGCAGAGCGGCAGCGACACCGACACCGACAGCGGCUACGGGGGCGAGUUGGAGACCCGCCUCGGCAGCGAGCGGGGGCGCAGGUUUGCCGCGGGAGACCGGAUCGCGGCCGUCAAGCAGGAGUCGGAAGAGCCCCCCGCCAAAAGAAGCAGGGGGCCGCUGUCUGAGGACGAGGGCCGCUUCCCCGCCGGGGACCCCGUGGGCUCCCCGCUCCUGGGCCCGCACCCCCACCAGCCCCCCUUCUGCCUGCCCUUCUACCUGAUCCCGCCGGCAGCCACGGCCUACCUGCCCAUGCUGGAGAAGUGCUGGUACCCCACCUCCAUGCCCCUGUUGUACCCGGGCAUCAACGCCUCCGCCGCGGCGCUCUCCGGCUUCGUGAGCCCCGACAAGGUCUCGGGCCCCUUGCUGGUGCCGCAGAGACUGCCUUCUCCCACGCCGCCCCACCCGGCCCUGGACUCCUCCGCCCUGCUCCACGCCCUGAAGCAGAUCCCCCCUUUAAACUUAGAAACCAAAGACUAAACCCUUUAGGGGAUCCUGCUGCUUGGCUUCCCACCCUCCCUUCUUCCCCCGCACCCACCUCCCCCCCUCCCAAGAAAAGUGUGUGUGUGGGCACAGCCAGACGGUUCCGGGUGUGCGCCGAGGUCAGCUGAGGCCCCAGUCGACCGCUGGGGGUGGGGCAUGCGUGCGCACCGUGUGCUGGUUUGGGAGGUGAGAACCCCUCUCUGGGCCAGGGGACUCAGGAAAGGCCGCCUGCGCCAGGAGCCCUGGUGGGGGGCGGCUGAAGCAGACCUCUGGGCUUUUCCCCACCUGGAGAGGAACCCGCUCUGAUAGGAAUCAGCUGGAUUUCCAUGCACUUCAAAGCCUUGGUUCUGUGAGUCAGCCUCCACGUUGGGAGCCAGGUCUGUGGCUUUGAGAAAAAGGUACUUUCAAAAGAGGGCUUUCCAAAGUGCAGUGCCCAGCCCGCCCUUCUGACCCCACCCUCCUCCCUAGUGCUGUCCCCGUGACUCACCGCACAGGGAGAGGGCUGCAGACUGAGGUUUCAGAAGGUGGCAGGGUGACUGGCGCUGGCCAGCGCAGCAGCGUUGGGGGGGUCUGCUCUCCCGCCCCUUGCUCCACAACAGAGAGUAGUCCCCGCUCCGGCUUUCGGGCGUUGGCAGCGAUUGGCUUACUGAGGAACUGAAAAGGGCCCCGGACCAGCCCAGCUGCCGGGGGGCGGGGGGGGGAGGCGAGAGGGGUCCCCUGGGGCCCGGGCACCUGGUUCCAGGUCUCACCUAAGAACAGAACCAGGGAGCCGGACCAGGGCCUGAGAGAUGCGGACGCUGAAGGUCCCAGAGCGCACCAAGCCGAGCAGCCGCUGCUACUUGCAGGAAGCAAAGCUAGACCCGGUUUUCGGCUCUACUCUGAAGCUCCUUCUUGCCAAGCUUAGCUCAGAGGACCUGCCCAGCCCUUUCACAAGAUCCUCUGCGGGGCGAGGCCCCGAGCCCAGCGGCACGUGGAGGACCCUUCCUGCUGAAAAGGGUUUUGUCUCCUCCAGAGAAGUUUUAUUUUCGAUCCAGAGUCUGUCCCUGGUCCCUGCCCCCAGCCAGCCCCGCACCAGCUUUCGAAACACACUAUGCCUGACCGCCGGCCGUGUUUAACGCUCGCUUUUCCUGUUUUUAUUUUGGUAUAAAGUCGUUGCCUUUAUUUGUAAAACUGUUAUAACUAUAUAUUAUAUAAAUAUAUUAAAAAGGAAGCUGUUUCAGAUGUUUAUUUGUAUAAUUACUUGAUUACGCAGUGAGAAAAAUGAAUGUAUUCCUGUUUUUGAAGAGAAUUUUUUUCUCUAGGGAGAGGUACAGUGUUUAUAUUUUGGAACCUUCCUGAAGGUGUGAAAUUGUAAAUAUUUUUAUCUAUGACUCAAUGUUAAGUAGUUGUUUAAAGUACUUAAUAAAACAAUCCUUUUCCUG